GGUGGUGGCAUCGCUCUAGUUGAUUUUGCAACGAGCUAGCUAGCUAGCUGGAAUGGCUGCUGGGCAGCUGGCCUAAUGUGCCAAUCAAUGCAGUGGGUCCGUCUUCGGGUCUUCCAACUUGCGCCUGGUCCCCUUUCCGUCGGUCUCUGUGGCGCAGUGGCUUCAUUUAGGUACUUCUUUACUUGGGGGUGACAAAUGGGGUCAAGCAUCACCUGAGCUGUGUUUACUGGGGCCGUAAUGUUUAAUCAGACGUUCAAUCAGCUUAUGAUCCUCCUCGUCUGGAGAACUUGACAGCAGGAGUGAGUCAGUGCAACCUCAACAUGUGAUCAACACCAGGCACUCUGCUGUGGCAAUCACGUGGGCAAUGGGGUUCCGAAGCUGUGAGCAGGCAGCCCCACUGCAUCGGUCCAGCCGGCAGGACCCGGCUUUUGCAGACUCUGCCCCCUCCUUUGUGGAGUUCAAUGAGCACCAGACUGCCUCACUCGACUCCCUCGUCCCUCAUUCUAACGAGCCAACCGCCCGUUACAUUGAAACCCCGCACCUCCCUCCUGCGUCUCUCGACAUUCACCUUGGAGCGCGCCGCUACCGGGCAACCUCGUCCCAAAUGCUGCAUCUGCCUCUGGAGAUCACCACCGAUGUCGCUCCCGGGCGAAACUUUGCAAUGCCGUCCCCAACGAAUGUCAGCCUGCUGAACAAUUUCCCGUUCGCCUCGCCCGACAUCAACGAGCCCGGGAGCCCUCUGGGGUACGACCUCAAUUCUGGCAUUCUGGACUCGAACCUGGAGAACUUCUCCAACAGCCUGCUCGAUAUCAACGCGGACGCCAACGGCCUCAACUUCUCGCCCUCCUCGGACCUCAACCUUUCGCCGCAGGAGUCGCCCAUUUUCCAACUUUUCACGGGACCGUCACUGGAGCUCGGUCUGCCCAGCAACCCUGACAAACCCGUCCAAGAUACCCCGUCCAAAGACAGUGACACCCUCCCUCCAGCGUCCCUCACGCUACAAGGGACCCCUCUCAUGACACAGCCUGCGGAGAGCUCCCCCCGACGAGACUCCUACGCGGAUUUGAGUGUCGCAAGCAUCGUUCAACAGAAGCGAGAUGACAUCUUCUGGGCCGCCUGGUUCUUCUUCUCGCACUACUUUGAGCCGGUGCUGACACAGGGGGCUAAAGACUUGAGCAUGCCUUUGGACCAGGGCCCUCUCAACAUGGGACAGCAGAUCGAUCGCCAGGUGUUUGUUGUGCAGAACGACCUUGAGAACAGCUAUAUGUGGUACCUCAGCGCGCGUCCCGCCAAUAUGCUUGGUCGAAUGCAGCUCCAGAGCUACAUCAACGGGCGACACCAAGCCGGCCAGGCUGCCUUCCCUUACAGCAUUUCAAACGGGUUCAUUCGCAGUCACAAGCUACAGCGUAAAAAGUACAAGGGCCUGUCGAACCCACAGUGCAUCCAUGGGGUUCAACCGGUGGACGCCUCGACCUUCUCUGGUGCGACGCCUGAGCAAAAGCGGCGGUUUGAGGAGCUGACAAGCCGGCCGCUCGGGACCCCCCUCCCCCCAGAGGCAGCUGACUAUAACGCCUGGCGAAAAGUCCCUGAGCGCUCUGAGGCUUCUCCCUCUGUUGACACCACUGCCGCAGCCGAGCCGCUGAGCCAGACCAUCCAGUUUCUUCCUGGGCAGGAAAGCCAGGAACCACCUCCAAAACCUCCGGCUUCGUCCCCGGAACCCUUAGGUAACAAAGUCGGGGGCAGAGCCGCCAAGAAGAGAAAGAAGGGAAGUGGGCCGAAAAGUUGCGCAGCAAACGAGGGGCCGCCAAGUGGCCCGACUGGUGAGCGGGGGAUGUUCGGAGGGGGCGGAGCGGAAGAGCUGCUCUUGAGAGGGGGCGCUGGGAAUAGCCCAGAGGUUCAAGGGUCCGAGAGAGAAGGGGCUGGGGUUGGCGAUAGAAUGACGAGACUGCGGGAGAGCUUGACGAACGGGGGUCGCACGACACAACGGACCCCGGUCACGGAUCUGACGCUGCAAUGGCAGGCGGAGAUUGAGCAGGGGCGCAGUCACUUGUGGGGGCCUUCUUCCAACGGCGCGCACGCUUCGGCAGCAGCGAAACUUCGAGCCGCCGAGCAGCGCUCUCAAUUGACAGUGCCUGACUCAGCAGCGACUGAUGUGCGAAGAGAGCCGUUCAGGAGCGGGCGGGUCUUGACUUCGGAGAACGCUCCGACGGUUGGUACGACUUGUAACGGAACGGAGGGGCUGGAGUCUCGGCUGGCCGGGCCUGCGUUCGGACAGUCCGGCGAGGGCGCGGCAGCUCAAUCGCGGCUCCGUGACGCCCAACUGCACCCUUCAAACACCGACACUCGCCAGCGGAGGGGCAGCAUGCAAGCAAACAGCGGCCAAGCCGUGAGCGAACUCCAUCGGUGGGGGGGUGGAGGGCCAGCAGAGACGGUGUCUGAGGACUGCCCCCCUGCGGAGCUGACGGGUUCUCUUGACGGAACAGAGGUGUCGGGCCCCAGUCGGCGUCCCUUCCCUUCCCCGCAAGCCCAGCGGCAGCCGGCGCCCGCCGGUGCGCAACUUGGCAGCGUUCCAUUGGCCGUGCAGGAUCUAUCCCGGGCGCAACUAGGGGCGGGGGUAAUGCCGAGAGCGGCGCCGGAGGCCUUGUACGAGGACGAAGCCGGGUACCUGCUGUUUGUGAGUCUGCCGUUCACCGACCUGAAGCAGGUUCGGGUGACGUGGCGCAACGUGGGGGAGACGGGCAUCGUCAAAGUUGACGGGGUGGGGCCGGCCCGGGGGCUCGCUCGCGGCAGCCGGGUGCUGCGGCUGUCGAGCUGGGGCCGGGCCGGAGGAGACGCGGCACGGGAGAUCAUGCUACCGACCCGGAUACCUGAUGACGCCUCCAUCGAGGCACACUUUUCUGCUGAAUGUGCGGGUCUAGAGAUCUCUGUGCCAAAGCAUGCGGCUUGCACCGAGGAGAGACCUGUGCGGUUGUUCCUGCCGGAGCAACGUCAGCUUCCAAGGGGGUCUUAAACGGUGGAUUCUGUUGUAAUCAAAAUGAAGUUCGUCGAGUGAGCAACUCGGUGGAUCUUGUGCGAGAUCAUGUGCGAGACUUUUCGAUGGUUAGGUGAGACGGUCAAUGAGAAGCCUAUGUUCCAGUGGGCUACCGUCGGCUCUGUAAUAAGGGAAAGAGAAGAUCAUGCAGGCCGUGCAACUGGCAAGCCCAAUUCGAUAGCAGGCCCACCCGCAUGUUUACCAGUGAAUGGUGUGAGACUCGGGCUCACAUAUGGGGAGUCGAUGAUGCGCGCGCC